UCAAUUCUUAUAUAUUGUUUUCUUUACCGUGAUAAAAUUCGUCCCUGUUUCCUCAUCAAAUCUUGUAAUCGGAAAUUUCUAGGGUUUCUGUUUCGAUCAAUCUCUCUCUCACAGUCCAGGGUUCGCUGAUACUCGUUGACCAACGACGCUGACUGUUUAUGGGUUUCGCUCUGAUCUCUUUCGUCAGCUCUGAAAUGUGAAUGUAUUGGGAACAACAGAACCCAGAAGUGUGAAUUGCAAUUUCAAUGUACUGAUAGUGUGCUUCUGGGUAAAAGUAGUGUUUACUCUGACUUGAUGAGGAAGAAGAGGAAAGGUGGCGAGGCUGACCCAUGCCUAGAUCUACCGGAAGAUGUGACAUCAAAGGCGUGCAAUUCAAGAUCAUCGAUCCUUACAUCACAUUAUUCACUAGAGGAUUAUACAAGGUUGAAGAAGCGGUGCAAAGAAGAUGAUGAUGAUGAUGAUGGAGGCACUGAACCUGUGGUGUCGCAUAAAAGUAGGCUUGCAGGCAUUGCCACUGCUCCGCCAUGUGGGACUUCGUCUUUGGUUGCUCCAGGAAGAGGUAUCAAGAGGAAGAUAGGGUGUAUAGAUGUUGCUACCCAGAUGGGUAGGAAGAAUAAGAUUGAGGAAGAUUAUGUUUCAGGUGAAACGCUUGGCCAUGGAAAGUUUGGGUCGGUUUGGUUGUGUCAGUCCCGGAUUAGUGGUGCUGAGUAUGCAUGUAAGACUCUGAAAAAAGGGGAGGAGACGGUUCAUAGGGAGGUGGAGAUAAUGCAGCAUUUGUCUGGUCAUCCGGGGGUUGUGACAUUGCAGGCUGUGUAUGAGGAGUCAAAUUGUUUUCAUCUUGUGAUGGAGUUGUGCUCUGGAGGGCGCCUGAUUGAUCAGAUGGUUCAGGAGGUUCAGUAUUCAGAGCACCGGGCUGCCAAUAUAUUCAAGGAAGUGAUGCUAGUUAUCAAGUAUUGUCAUGAUAUGGGGGUUGUACACAGAGACAUAAAGCCUGAGAACAUUCUUCUCACAAAAGCAGGAAAGAUAAAGCUUGCAGAUUUUGGGCUGGCCAUGAGAAUAUCAAAUGGGCAAAAUCUGACUGGUUUGGCUGGAAGUCCGGCUUAUGUUGCACCAGAUGUUUUGUUAGGAAAGUAUUCUGAGAAGGUGGAUAUCUGGAGUGCUGGUGUCCUCCUACACGCGCUCUUGGUUGGUGUCCUUCCAUUUCAAGGAGACUCCUUAGAAGCAGUUUUUGAAGCAAUCAAGACUGUGAAGCUUGAUUUCCAUACGGGGAUAUGGGAAUCAAUUUCGAAGCCUGCGCGGGAUCUUAUUGGGAGAAUGCUGACAAGGGAUGUUUCAGUACGGAUCACAGCAGAUGAAGUAUUGAGGCAUCCAUGGAUAUUGUUUUAUACUGAGCGAACACUAAAGGCACUUCCCAUUAAAUCAAGAUUGAAGAACCAAGCGGGAGCGCCUUGCCCCCAACUUGCCAUUCCACCCAGACUAAAAGCAUGUCUAAACAAGUCAGUAGAUGGCUCUCUCAGUGAAACUUCAGGUCCUCUUUCGUCAUCUGAUAGUUGCAAGUCAGAAGAAGACCAGGAUGAUUGUGGUUUAGUGGAUGCACUUGCCACUGCAGUUUCGCACGUGAGAAUUUCCGAGCCAAAAAGGAGCCGACUAUGUGGUCCCAAAGGUCGUCCAAUUGAGCAGCAGUGUUCAUCUAACAUGAAAGCUAACAACCUCUGUAAAGCAUUUUGAUCCUGCUGACAAACUGACACCAUCGAUAUCUCCAUUAUCUCACUCCUCUUUUAAGCUGGGGAAUUGAAAAUAACCUGCCCUGGUGAUUUUCAGUGAGCAAAAGAUAACAAGUUGACAUAUACCGGACCAAGACGGUAAUUUGGGUUGUCAUUUUAGCAUUGUCUGUGAAAUCAUCCCUCUUCAACUCAUUCUUUCUCUCUCCUUCAUAUUUCCUUACUUUAAUCUAAUAAUAAUUGUAAACUGAUGAACUGAGAGAAUCCAUUGUACAGAAUGUGUAAAUAGAAUGCCGCACUGUAUUAUGAUAUGUUUUCUGUGUCACUUGUAUCAUUGAUAAAUAUAGUGUUGGUAUAAUUUUCUGAAGCAGGAUUGGUUAUAUUGUUA